GCAAAAGAAGAUACUGCUGCAGCUUAUACUUCAUCCAAGCCAGGGUAUAUGUACUUCUCCUCUGAGUUGUACAUGCAUAUCUUUACAGUUCAAAUUUCUUCCUUGUAGUUGCCUCUUACUUGUCUCUCCUAAUGUUUGUCUUCUAGGGAUCUAACCGUCACUUGUUUUAUAAAACUUCACAUCCGAGGGGUUGUUUGUCAGCAGAUUCUAACCAAAAGCAGGUGUACAUAGGAGAGAAAAAAAGAUAACAUUUUUAGUGAAUCUUCUCUUUCGGCCACUCAUGUCUCCCGUGGACUUUAAAAAAGAUUUACUAAGGGUAUUAAUUGUGUAUAUCUUGCUUUUCUUCUUGUAGCACUUUCACUUUUUCUUCUGUUGUUUGCUCCAAAAUUUUCAAGAUUCUUAUUUGCCUUGAAAUUUUUAAGUCAAUGAUCAAAAGAAAUGGUUUACAUUGCCAUUCCAGUAACACUAUUUUUGAUAAGUAUUUUAUUAAAGUGAUUUCGAACUUUAAGAGUUCACAACUACAUACCAAGUGUAAUCCAGGGUAAGAUGUAGAGUAGAGAGGUUAUUUCCAGUAGACCCUUAACUCAAAAGAAGUAUAAUCAGAGCAAGAUAGAAAAGAGAAUAAUGGCCACAAAAUAGCUAGAUAAAUAAAGCAAAUAAUGUAAUAGGUAGUAGUAAAAAUUAGAAAAUAAGAUCUUAUAGAAAUACUAUAUAGGAUUACAAAGGAGAUGAGGAGAUAGCCCUUUGUCUUUCCCACAUAAACGUACUACAACACUUGGCUACCUGCUACUUUUCUACCCUUAUCCUCAACCUCCAUAUGUUGCUAUGAAGAGUCAUGUCCUCAGUCUGUAAGUUGAAGAUGUGUCAUAUCCUGUCUGAUCACCUCCUCCGAUUCUUCUCUGCUGUUGCAAAACUCUUCACCUUGUGCCUCUGCAUACCUCAUCUUUACAUGUACGAAGUACCUCAGCCUCGCAUACCUCAUCUUGUCCGCUAUAGAGGCCUCUCCCAUCUUGUUAGUAUAAUUUCAUUCCUAAUUCUCACUCUCCUAGUAUGCCCAUACAUCCAUUUGGGCAUCCUCAUCUCCACUUUAUUCAUCUUCUGGACGUGCACGUUCUUGAGGGGCUAGCCCUUUGCCCACACAACAAUGUAGGACUAACCACCACCACUGUAGAGCUUAUAGAGCUUAUAGUUAUCUUUAAGCCUUGGUGACACUUUGUAUCACUAAGUAUCCCGGAUGGGAGCCUCGAUUUCACUAUCAAUCUUCUCCUUUUCUUGGAUUAUAGACCAAAUAUACUUGUAAAUAUCUCUCUUGGGUACGACUUGUGUAUUGAUCUUCACUUCUACCCCUUCCUCCGUUACACGCGAACUGAAAUUGCACUCCAGGUACUCUAUUUUAGUCUUUGCUUCAUAACCUAAAACUUUUAGAUUCUAGGGUUUGUCUCCAAACUUCUAGUCUAUCGUUAACUCCACCGCAUGUCUCGUCGAUAUCGUUAAUAUCAAUACAGAUCAAUACUAUGUCAUUUGCAAACAACAUGCACCACGGCACCUCCCCUUCAAUAUGCCUUGUCAAUUCAUCCAUCACUACAACAAAAUGUAUGAUUGAAGUUCCCAACAAUAUAACGUACAAUACAUGCUAGCCAAUACUCUUCAGAGGUAGAGGGUUUGAGAGAUGUAGUUUUUUAAGUUAAGUCAUAUUAUCACAAGAUAUUUUAUGAGAGAGGAGUCUGACUUCCCACUCUUAACAUCCUGGAAUCCUUUGAAGGGAAACGUGUGUUUCUAUUCUUGCCUAGCAGCAAGAGAGGUAAUAUUGACAUCUAAUGAUCCAAGGCAGAGAAGAUUGCAUGUCAAUUGGUUCUUUAAGUGCAGAUGUCCGGAAGAAGAUGUGGACCAUCUCCUAUUGCGAUGUCAUGUUGCUACCAAUUGUAGUGAAUGGUGCUGAACUGGUCCAAAAUGACACGGACGACUUUAGGCAGAUCAAAAAUUCGUUGUGCAAGUGGACUUUCAGGAGAAGGAUAGGAAGACAGGCAUGGUAUACCUUUAUCCCUAGUGUGUGUUCUUUGGAAGGAGAGAAAUCGAAGAAUGUUUGAAGGGAGACUAAUUUGACUAUCCAAAAAGAGAAAAGUAAACCUAAGAUGUUGCUGCAACUAUACCACUGUCAUGAAGAUUAAUUCGUAUUUCUAGCUUGUAAGGAACUGAUGAAAUCUUUAUUUGUGUCCUUAUCAUUUUAUUUAAUUUCAUAUAUUCCAAAAAGCUACCAAAAGGGCACUUAAAUCCUAUUCGAGAAUAAUAAAGAAAAAUAAUUAAAUUGGGUUUUAUGUUUUCUACUUUCAUAGGGAUUAGACUAUUGAUGAUGUAACAUGACUCCUAUUUAAAAAGUUUUUUGAAGAAUAAAUAAAUAAGUCAAAUUUCAGAAAAAAGCAAGAGAUUAGAGUUCUCUCUUCCAUUGAACUCUAUGGUUUCAGCUUCCCUUAAAUGAGCUGAAGAGAUCGGAGUUCUCUCUUCCAUUGAACUCUAAGGUUUUAGUCUCCCUUUAAUGUUGACCUUAUAUAUCGCCCUAUGAAUCGAUCCUUCCCCAAAGAUCAUAACAUAAUAAUUUCUACAGGUACUUGUUUUCUGCUUUGCUCUAGCUUCAGGAGUACAGAACCUCGAUUGUCAUACCAAAUAUUAUUAAGAGCUUACAUUGAAAAGAUGUCUCAUUCUCAUCAAUACAAGAAAUAUUUGGGCACAAUUUUAUUGCAUGAACUGUUGCUCUUUGAAGCUCUCCGUGAAGGACUUGAAGAAGAGAUGGACAGAGAUCCCACUGUUUGUGUAAUGGGUGAAGAUGUCGGUCACUAUGGAGGUUCAUACAAGGUGACUAAAGGACUUGCCCCAAAAUAUGGUGAUCUCAGGGUUCUUGACACACCUAUUGCUGAAAACUCUUUCACUGGUAUGGGCAUUGGAGCUGCAAUGACUGGUUUGCGUCCAGUUGUUGAGGGAAUGAACAUGGGAUUUCUUCUUCUAGCCUUCAACCAAAUAUCUAACAAUUGCGGUAUGCUCCACUACACAUCUGGUGGCCAGUUUAAGAUACCAAUUGUCAUCCGAGGUCCUGGUGGAGUUGGUAGACAGCUUGGAGCAGAGCACUCUCAACGCCUUGAGUCAUACUUCCAGUCAAUUCCUGGAAUUCAGAUGGUUGCCUGUUCAACCCCCUACAAUGCCAAGGGCUUGAUGAAGGCAGCUAUCAGAAGUGAUAACCCUGUGAUUCUGUUUGAGCAUGUUUUGCUCUACAACCUCAAGGAGAGAAUUCCAGACGAAGAGUAUGUGUUGAAUCUUGAAGAAGCAGAGAUGGUGCGACCCGGGGAGCAUGUUACGAUUCUGACUUACUCCAGGAUGAGAUAUCAUGUGAUGCAGGCCGCGAAGACACUUGUGAACAAGGGUUAUGAUCCUGAAGUCAUUGAUAUCAGGUCUCUGAAACCAUUUGACCUUUACACCAUCAGGAACUCAGUGAAGAAAACUCAUCGUGUGCUCAUUGUGGAGGAAUGUAUGCGCACAGGAGGUAUUGGUGCCAGCUUGACAGCCGCUAUAACUGAGAACUUUCACGACUAUCUAGAUGCCCCAAUUGUAUGUCUGUCAUCACAAGAUGUGCCAACCCCAUAUGCUGGGACAUUAGAGAACUGGACUGUUGUCCAACCUCCCCAGAUUGUUACUGCAGUUGAACAGCUUUGCCAGUGAUUAAGUGGUAAAAGCAUUUCGGUAAUUAUGCCAUUAUGUUCCUUUCUUAUUUCAUAAUUCAAGACUCAACUUUUGGUUGAAUUUUAUUUUCUGAUUUUGUUUGAGAUUUUAGUUUUUGGAACUUGCAAGUUCUAGUUAAGGUGAAAUGUUUGUUUCUUCGCUGUAUACCCACACCAAAAUGGUGGUUGGAAUCUUUAUGUACCGAAAAGGUAACAAGACUUCAUGGAAA